AUGUGUGCCUCACUAACAAGAGAUAAGCUCAAUGAUUAUGAAGAGCUACAACGAGCUGCCAAGGAAAGAGAAGAAAUUUGCAGCAAAUAUGAUAGGGGUAGAGAAGAAGGUGCUGAAAUUGAACCUUGGGAAGACCCGCAAUUUCCCGUGUACCAUGUCACAGAUCGAUAUGGUUUUAUUCAUGACCAUGCCCUCCCCAAAACAGUCAGUGCUGCAGAAGCCAAGGCAAAGCAGCAAGAACUUGAACGAUGCCAAAAAUGGAUUAAGAUGACAAAGAGCUGGGACAAGUAUUAUGGCGGGGAAAAAAUGAACCGCCGAAUAUACAAGGGCAUCCCAGAAAGUGUACGUGGUGAAGUCUGGGGACGGCUUUUAGAUAUUAAAAAAGUCAAGUCUGAACAAGAAAAAAUUUAUCAGAAAAUGAAAAUGCGGGCAAGAAAAAUUUCGCCUUAUAUCAAGCAAAUUGACCUGGACGUGAAUCGAACCUACCGCAAUAAUAUCAUGUUUAGGGACAGAUAUGGAGUAAAACAACAAGCAUUAUUUAAUGUACUUUCUGCUUACUCAAUGUACAACACAGAAGUCGGAUAUUGCCAAGGCAUGAGUGAGAUUGCUGCUCUAUUACUUAUGUAUCUUAAUGAAGAGGAUGCUUUCUGGGGCCUUUCUCAGUUGUUGACCGAUAAAAAACAUGGAAUGCAUGGACUCUUCAUGCCUGGUUUUCCCAAGCUUUUGCGGUUUUUAGAUCAUCAUGAUACAAUUCUUAGGAAAUAUUUGGGCAAAGUUCGGAAACACCUGGUAAAGCAGGAAGUACAUCCAUCACUUUACUCCAUCAAAUGGUUUCUACAAUGUUUUCUUGACCGAACUCCUUUUUCCUUGACUUUGAGAUUAUGGGAUAUUUACAUGCUUGAAGGCGAGAGAUUGCUCAUCAGUAUGGCUUAUAACAUUAUGAAAAUGCAUCGAAGAAAAAUGCUUCGCAUGGCAAUGGAUGAAAUCCUAAACUUCUUACAAACUCAACUUGAGAAAGACUUUGGUUAUGAAGAUGAUGCUGUCAUAGACCAGCUACAGCUGAGCAUGGAUGAACUUCGAAAGGGUAAGAUGGACCUUGGACCUAAACCAAAGGUCAAUGAACUUCCUACUUUGCCUUUCGGUUUGGACAUUCAGCCGAGUAUUGAUCAGUACAUCAACCAGAAGCCAAUUGAAUCACUUGAUGAGCAUUUCCGCAAGAACGUACGUAGUGGGAAGUCGUCCUAUCUGCGCAAACGAGGCCUGAGCAGUAGCACAACACCAGAAAUGUCUCGGAGUCGUGCAGACACCAGAUCUAUGCAGUCGAGCCGCUACUCAGAGUACUCUACUGAUGAGCGUUCUUCCUACUACGACACAGCUGCAAAUUCCCGCCUCUCUCUAAUUGACUUCAACUCCCGGACAUCAAAUCAAAGCUCAAGGACCUCAUUUGCUGAUGCAUCUGAUAUCAGCUUGUCUAUGGGAGUGGACAGUACCAACAACUUAGAUGAUGGUGAUGCUGCCUCCGCCGAGACAGCUAGAGAGUUUAUGAUUGGUUCUAAGACUCCAGAAGGCAUGGUGAUAGAUGAAGCGUUCCAUGCUGAGGUUCACCCUGCCUCAGAAGCUUCAGAUUAUGACAAUGUCCAUGAAAGUGAAAACCAGCAGAAUGAUAAUGCUGAAGCAAUGCUUUCUAACAUCCCAAUGAGCAAAUCAGAUGGCUUUAUCGUAGCUAAAAAUUCUACUGCUAAACAAAAUAUGACAAACGGCUUUGGCCAACAAGCAAGUGAAAUGUCAGAAAGUAAUGUUUCUCCAUCUCAUAGCGGCAUGAAGUUGUCUACAUCUGAACACUACAUAGGCUCUGUGACUGUACAGCCAAAAUUUGAAGAACAGAAUGGUUUCUUGCAACAAGAAGAAACCAAUCUCAGUACAGCCACUGUUGCACCACCAACUGUAGCAACACUCCCACCAAAAGAGGUGGCUACUAUUAAGUCAAAACCAAGAGUGUAUAUGUACAUGUAA